AUUACACCUUCCUCUCUCUCCCUUCCACACUGAACACUGCCCCCGCUGUUACUCCUAAUGUGGAGGAGGAGAGCCCAUUCCGCCGCCGGGGCUUCCCAACCGGUGCUCGAACACAGUGCCAGCUGUACCUGGGGAUUACCUUCAGUCUAACAGCGUGCUCACAUGGCGGGGAGGAGAGACAGAAGAGAGAGAGCGAGAGACGCCCGUGUCAGGAUGCCACACUCCGGUAAAGAUUGAUGUUUGAUGGCUGGGAGCCUAGAGGCUCACAUCCAAGAUUGACACUCGACAGCGCACGCUCGACACCAAUCUCCUGAGUGAGUUCCACCUACUGCCAGAUAAAAACACCAACAAGCCCUUGCUACACCUGCCCACCACCAAGCCGAACAACAUACAAAACGCCUUCAGCCAAUCGCUGGGGCAGAAACGUGUUACCAUGGACACCGAGUCCACCUACUCCGGCUACUCGUACCACUCAGGACGGUCGAGAGGAUCCCACAGGCACGGGGAGCGCAGCAGAGACCGACACAAGUCUCGCAGUAAAGACAGCAGUCGCUCGGAGAAGUCCGUCACUAUCAACGCUCCUCCUGCAGAGCCCCUGCUGGGAGACCAGUCUAUGCGAGGAGAUGAGACACAGGAUGACAACUGGGGUGAAACGACCACUGCAAUCACAGGCACUUCAGAGCACUCGCUGUCCCAGGAGGACAUCGUGCGCAUUAGCAAAGACCUGGACGACAGCGUAGGUCUGGACUGUAAACGCUAUUUAGUCGUCUCGUUCUCUAUCAUCUUGAGUCUGCUGGCGCUCCUGACGCCGAUCGCGUUCCUCAUCCUGCCGCGACUGCUGUGGCUGGAUAAGCUGCGUCAGUGCGGCACGGCCUGCGAGGGCCUCUACAUCUCGGUAGCAUUUAAGCUGCUCAUUUUGUUGCUAGCCAUGUGGGCGCUGUUUUUCCGUCCAUCCAAGGCCACCAUGCCCCGCAUCUUUGUCUUACGAUCCCUUCUGGCCAUGCUGGCGUUCCUGCUCGUGCUCUCUUACUGGCUGUUCUAUGGAGUGCGCAUCUUGAACACACAGGAUGAAGAUUAUCAAGGAAUUGUGCAGUAUGCCGUAUCCCUGGUGGACGCACUGCUGUUCAUCCACUAUUUGGCUAUAGUGCUGCUGGAGCUGAGACAGCUGCAGUCCUGCUUUUCUCUCUGUGUCACGCGAUCUACAGACGGAGAGACCCGAAAUUACAACCUGGGUCAGCUCAGCAUCCAGAGAGCAGCUGUGGCAAUCUUAGAGAACUACUACAGAGAUUUCUCUGUACAUAACCCAGCACUGCUCACAGCCUCCAAAUCACGUGCUGCCAAACACCUGGCUGGCCUCAAGGUUUACAACGUAGACGGUCCCGGAGGCAAUAACGCCGCUGCCGCAGGAAUCUCUCAGUCCCAGUCUCGCGCCAUGAUCGCUGCCGCUGCUCGAAGACGAGACUCCAGCCACAACGAGCUGUACUACGAAGAGGCCGAGCAUGAGAGGCGUGUCCGUAAACGCAAGUCCAGACUGGUAGUGGCCGUGGAAGAGGCGUUCACACACAUCCGGCGCUUGCAGGAAGAAGAACAGAAGAAGUCUCCAGGAGACGUGAUGGACCCGCGCGAGGCGGCGCAGGCCAUUUUCCCUUCCAUGGCACGAGCGCUACAGAAAUACCUGCGCACCACACGCCAGCAGCACUGCCACAGCAUGGAGAGCAUCCAGCAGCACCUGGCUUUCUGUAUCACACACAACAUGACACCAAAGGCGUUUUUGGAGAGCUACCUGACCCCAGGCCCGACGCUGCAGUACGGACGCGAACGCUGGUUUGGCCGCCAGUGGACACUCAUCAGCGAGGCAUCUGUGAACAGCGGCCUCAAGGACGGCAUCGUCUUCCUUCUCAAGUGUGUAGACUUUAGCCUCGUGGUCACCACCAAAAAGAUCCCCUACAUCCGGCUGUCUGAGGAGUUCAUCGACCCCAAAUCACACAAGUUUGUCCUGCGGCUUCAGUCGGAGACUUCAGUGUAGACCACCGGCUUGUGGUAUUGUCUCUGUUAUCGGUCAUUCACAAUUUUUUUCUGUUAUUUGGGGAUUUUCGCAGUUUUAUUAUGUUGUUUUAUAUAUAUAUAUAUAUAUAUAUAUAUAUAUAUAUAUAUAUAUAUAUAUAUAUAUAUAUAUAUAUCUGUAUACCACAUAUUUGAAUAUAUUUCCUUUUUAUUGUCAAAUGUUUUUUUGUUAAACUGAAUGGACAUGUUUAUGUUCACAAAGGUCAUGCAAAAAAAUACCAUGAGGGAUAACAUGAUAUAAGGUAAAAUGUCCUUUUUCUAAAAAAACACAAAAAAAAUAGAGAGAGACAAUCCAGAGAAAAGAGGAAUAAAUACACUUGUAAGCACCCAGUGGACCACUCCUGACCAUGGACAAAACAAGACACAUUCUUUCUGCUGUUAUUCUGCAGCUCUGACAGACCUGUUCAAUCAAUGCACUGUAAAUCAGAGCUAAAAUUCCUCUGGACCAGAACUUCCAGAAUGCUCCUGGAGGUUCAAAUGACAGCCUUGUUUUUUCUACUGUAAGUGCAAACUAACUCUUGGUGCUCUUUCAAAAAGAUGUGGUUUGUAUUUCUGCUGAAGAUGAUCAUACGCAUCAUCUCUCUUUUCCCCACACAUGCACAAUGUACAGAUGUGAAGUUUCGGUUUGUAUCUAUUGGAGUGUAUUCAGACAAGUUUUCUAUUCACCCAGUCACAAUAUAUGAUUGUAGGUGGUGUGGUGAAAGGAGCGGGUUUGUUUGGUCAGCUUUUAGUUUGAUUUGAGUGUGGUGUGAUUUUAAGUCUGAGAUAUCGAAUGUCCAGUGCUGCAAAAUCAGGAAGGUGUCUUAAAUCCAGGUUAGUUCUGAGUUCAGAAAUGAUAAUACAUCAUUCACCCUGACUCCUUAAAAGAUCAUUGACCAGCAUUUACAGUCUGAUUGAAUCAUAUUGUUGUCUAUCAGCAUUAUCACUGAAUUUAGUUCAGAUUCAAGAGACAUUAUCAAAGGGAUACCAGGAUUCAUCUUAUUAAAGAACCAAACCGCUAACAAUCUGCAGCAUGGACUUCAGAGACAUUCCGACUGACAUCAGGCACAUCACAGGAGCAGAGACAGCCAGCUCCUGCUCACUCUCCACUAAUUGUCGAUGUUAAACAUAUAGCCAAAGAUAAAGACAUGACCUGAUUUUCUUUAUGGUGUUUAAUAGAGUUUAUCGUACGGUUUUUUGAAAAGCACUUAACAUGAUUGUAGAGGUUAUGACUAAACACUAAUCACCAGAAACUCCAUUCAGAGUGUGGACACUGAUAAACGGGGGGAAAUAUAAAAAAUGUAUGGAGUCAAUAUCGAAUUCCAGUGCGUUUAAUGCAUUGUUUGUAUGUGUUAUUCAAUGCAGCGUCAUGCAGUUCAUUAUCGGUGGAACAGUGUGAAGAAUUCUUGGGAUGAUAACCAUAAAGAGGUUUCUGGUAUAAAGCGAAACAGACACACUGUAACCCAGUAGCUAUGUUACAGCAUGCGAUAUGCAGAUAGAAACAUUCAUCCCGCUUCAUCACUAAUGAAUACAUUUUAUUCCCGUAACAGCAAAUCCAAAUUAUUUCGCUUUUUCUUUCUUUUCUUUUUUUUUUUUUUACAACACUGUGAUCUAUUUAUAUUUUUCUUUUUAGAGUCAAUACAAACGUGAAAAAACAAUACAGAUGUUACCGGAGCUGAAAAGUUACAGCUAUACAACUGACUGUUAUAAAACACUGAAACCGGAGACUCCUCCUGAAAAAGUCUAAGCAUCUCCUUAGGAAAAAACUGAGUAGAUCGGUUAUUACACGCAUUUGAAAAAAAUCUGUUUAUGAAGCACCUCUGUAAUACUGUGCAAACUGUUCCUAUAGCGUCGCUAAUGUAUUCGAAUAAAUACAGCCUGUGAUUUCUUAUUGUCAUUGUUAUAGAAAAUGAUUUGAAUGACCGAUCUGUCACAAGAACUCAUCAGGACGUCAGCACGUUUAUGAAUCGAGCACAUACUGUAGCAAGAGGGAAGGACCGAGAUUUACUGAAAUUCUCUAAUUUGGAAAAUUUUCAGAUCCUUAAAUAUUCUUGCUGCCUUUUCAGUGUAUCCAAAUGAACUGUUUUUUUGUUGUGUUGUGGUUUAAAGGGAUUCACUUCUUCACUUAAUACUGAAGUGAUUGCAUUUGCUGAUUACUGAAGCUUCAGCAUUGGAAUCUGGAAAACGGUGUGUUAUUGAUUAUUAAUGAAGCAUAACAUUAUUUUGUUCAGAUCACUGUUACUGCAUGAGUUAAUGCCCUUCUUUUGCAUAGUAACUGGGUUAUUAAAACUGGAGUCACACUUUCUUCUGAUACCUGCAGAGAGGUUUGUGGACACCUGAUUAUCAGAUUCAUACGUGCAUUCUGAACAGCCCAUUCCACAUUUCGUCCUUAUUUGCUGUUAUAAAAACUUUCACUCUUCUGAUGAAGGGUAAAGAUCCCUGGGGUGCAGUCAGCGUCCAAAUUCAUCUUCAAUAACAGGACACUCAAAAUUUUUCACUUUAACCUAGUAAAUCCAUAUGUUCAUGGAACUGGGUUUGUGCACAGGAGCACUGACAUGCUGGAGCAGGUUUGAGUCUCCUAGUUCAAUUGAAGUGAAAAUUGAUUGCCCCAUCCAGAGUCUCCAGCGUUGUGGUAACAGUUUGAGGAAGCACCACAUAUGGGUGGAAAAGUCAGGUGUUCCAAUGUUUAUUAUAUGACAUGGCAACUUUUUUAGAUGCUGAUGUUUAUUUUUAAACCUGUGUUGUAUACAGCAGGAUGUUGUGAAACCUCUGUAAUCAGUGUUGCCUGCAAUUUGUAUUUUCUGAAGAGGUCAUGUGGUGAUGUAUCGAUCUUUAAUUGGUCUUCACAUGAUAUGAAUUUGCAGGUCAGAAUACACUAAACUUGAUCUAUAAAGUGCAGUGACAUGAGAAGCUUCUCAAGCAUGCCUCAAACUGGAGUCAGUGGAACGAAUAGUGUAGUGUGACUACAGCAGCUUACAGAACCGGACUGUAACAUGUUGCCCAGAACAUGAUCAGUUUACUGAGGAGGCGACUAAACAGACUGUUACCAUGUUUUCUGUACUGUAAUUAGGCUGCUCUAUUUUAUAGAGUAUUGUGUAGCAAAAGGCCACACUUAAACAUUGAUAUUAGUGUACUAUCAUCCCUACAUACUGUUACACCCCUGUUUUUUAUCAUCACAACUAAUGCUGCUUUCACACAAGGCGUUUUUCUUUCCUAGUAGCUCAAACAAUAUGGACGCUCCAACCGUAACAUGGCUGUUAUGCUUCUGCCAGAGUAACUAUUGCGAGAGUUAAAGAUUACAGAUUAAUGUUGUGAAACAUCGAGGAAACAAGGCCUCAGGUUUCCUUUUGUCACAUAAAUUAAAACGGUAGUUAAAAAAAUUUAAACAUUCCCUCAGAGACCCUCUUUCUUAUUUUCAAGCCUGUUCUGAGCAACGACUGUGCUUUUUAAUCGGAUCGUGUUGACGAGUGAGCACUGUACAAGACCCUGUGUAAAAGCUAAAGCGUAUAAAAACGAGUAUGUUAAUAGAAACUUGAAAUUCUGUGUUUAUACAUGAACAUACAAAGAUUCAAGAUUUCAGGCACUUAGUCCUCCUGAUUGGUUUGCAUUCGUUUGCGAUAAAUAAAUGAAUUUGGCCGUGUUACAGUUGCAUUAAAAACACUGUGGCCAAAACGAAGUGGACACAUGCUGGAAGCAGAUAAUUGUUCGUCUUUGUAUGCUAUAACUGUGAAUUUUCCCCAUCACUGGAACUAAGAAGUCCAAACCUCUUCCAGCAUGACAAAGCCCCUUUGCAUGAAGACAUGCUAUGCCAAGUUUAAAGUGGUUCCCUCUGGGUGUUUUGCACAGAUCCCUGACCUCAACCCCACCGAACACCUUUGACUGUACACCAGGCUUUCCAAGUUGUGACUUCAAAUCCCAGCACCACCAAACUGCCACAAACUGGCACAAGGCCCUGAACCCUCAACUGCAUCAAUGAGAUCAUUGUAAAUCAUCUCUGCCAAAUACCAUAACUAUCUAAUAGCACCAUAAGAAGUGUGAUUGAUCAGGUGUUCACAUACAUUUGGCAAUAUGUGGGUGAAUGUGAUCUGAAACGAAUUGGCACAAAACAGAAAAUCUCAGUCCAGAUCUUUUGAAUCAUGCUGCCAUAUUACUUGCAGCAUUCUGACUUACUAUUGAGAACGUGCCAUAAAUGUGUGCUAGCAAUCAAGGAAAAAACAACAGCAAGUGUGAAAGCAGCUUUCAGUGAAUACUAUGUGAAGCCUCAAAGAAUAAUUUCUACUAUAAUCUGCCCUUAAAAAACAGACAUAAACGUUCUCUCGGAGAGAUCACUGAAAGCAUCGGUCUCCAGCUGGCCUGCUUAAUUAUUAAUUAUAUCUCCUAAUGUCAUAUUGAUUUUUCUCAUUUCCUCCUCAGUGAUUUUUCUUUUCAGCCACUAAAAGAAACUGUGCAAAUGCUAUUUUUGUAGCAGCAACUGAUCCUUCUUUGCAAAAACAUUUUUUUUUUAAUAUGAUUUAAAUGAUCACUGGUGUACUUUGUAAGAACCUCUCUCACAAUGUGACUGUGCCUCUGGUUUAAACACGGUGUGCUUGUAUUUAUAUUGUAUAUGUGCAUAUGAAGUCAUUCCUACUAAAAAAAAACAACUCUUCAGUCACAGCUGACACGCUUCACCCCGUUGCUUUGAAAGCCAACGUUUAUAUACCUGAUGCUACAUUGUAAUAAAUGUUUCAAAGCUCACAACACGCAUUUGUAUGAAAUAAACAUUUGUAUAAACA